AUCCAUGUCUCACAGGAUCGGCAUGAGAUAUUCCUAACAUUUGCAGAUUAUGAUGAUGACUAUAUUGCGUAUCUCAAGAAUAAAUCACCCAAGAACUCAGCCUUAUCAUUCUUAACCAUGCAUCAGUACGGUCCUUGGGAUACGCAAACUGCCUCUCAUAUGGCGGAAUUGGGACCUAUUCUUCUUGUCAUCACACUGGAUGCUCAAUCUGAUAUCCAAACAAAACAAAAG